AUGAAGUUUGAAAAGUUAAUUGAGUUUUCAACAACAAAAUUCACAGAAAGCGAUGAGUUGAAAGAUAUGAAGAAAGUCUUUGAACAAGAAUUCAAUUAUAAAAGUCAAAAUGAAGAUGAAAAAAAUGUGAUGAAUGAAGAUGAUGGAAAAAGUGACGAUAAUGAAGAUGAAGAAAAAAGAGAUGAAAAUUUGAUUGAACAUGAAAUACCUGAAGAUGGAGAAAGGGAUGUGAAUAAGGGUGAUAUAUAUAAAGAUGUGGAUGUAGAAACUACACCAACAAAAAAAAUAAAGAAUCAACCAAUCAUGAAAGUUUUAGAGAACAAAUAA